CACACCAGGGACUCAGUGCAGUGUCGUGUGAAAGUUAAGGAGCUCAGACAAGCCUACCAGAAAACCAAAGAAGCAAACGGAAGGUCCGGGGCAGGGCCGAAAACAUGAUGCUUCUACGCUGAACUGCAUGCAAUUCUAGGGAGGUCUGCCAACACUACCCCACCACUGUCCGUGGAUUCUGAGGUGGGGGUGGUAAUCUCAGCCAUGCCUGAGGAUUCUGCAGAUGGGGAAGAUGAGGAGGAGGAGGAGGAGGACGAGCUUGCAGAGAGCACACAGCACUCCGUUCUCCCCAACAGCCAGGAGCUUUUUCUCACCCAGACGGAAUUACCCUCCCAGCCUUCCCAAGCCACUAUCCCACACAAUGAAGCCAUGGAAGGGACCUCUGCUGCAAAUUUUUCAAGUCUCCCUCCUCCAUCCCGAAGGCUAUCUCAGAUAAGGAGGCGGAAAAAAGAGACGCGAGACGAAAUGUUCUCGGAAAUCAUGGAAAUGACCCGCAAUGAAAGAGCUCAUCUGAAUGAGUGGAAGGAAAUGGUAUCGAAGUACAGGAAAGAUGCCAGUGACCAUGAGGACAGGAGGGACGAACAUGAGGAUAGGAGAGACGCUCGAGAUGAGAGGUGGCGGCAGGAAGAUCUGAGGUGUCGGGAUGCAACUCUGGGGCUGCUGCGUGAUCAAACGGACAUGCUCCAGUGUCUGGUGGAGCUUCAGGAACGGCAGCAGGAUCACAGAGUGCCGCUGCAGCCUCUGUAUAACUGCCCUCCCCCCUCAACAUGUUCCUUAGCCUCCUCACCCACCAGACGAUUAAGAACAUGUGGGGGGAGGCUCCGUGCACCUGCCCAUUCCACCCCAGUGGACAGCCCAACCAAAAGGCUGUCAUUAUUUUGAAAUUUUUUCAGUGGCCUU